AUGACCAGUUACUCGUCAGUCGGCGAGACUCUCGCGCGAGAGCAUCUUACCGAAAGGGCUGUUGCCGCUUCGCAACAGGUACAGCCCUCUUGGGCAGACAAGUACCGCGGGGCUACAGUGGAAGAUCUCGACCCUCCUCCAGCCCUGUCUGUGUCUCCCAAUGACUCCAUCCUCUCCGCGCAGCUCGCUGCCUAUGAACGAGACUACACCCACCUAACCGUCAUAUCUUCUAAGACGCGUGCAUUAAUCGGGUAUCUCAACAUCCCGCGGCUCAAGGAGCUUCUCCGGGAGGGCAAGGUCAAGGAAUCCGACCCUGUCAGGGCCGCCAUGCAGCGCUUCAACCGGAAACCGGGCAACAUCUAUCACGUCAUCACCAUGGCCACGCCCUUGGAGGAGCUGGAGCGAUUCUUCAAGGGAGAGAUUGGUCCCAGGGAAGGGUAUGCGGCAAGGCGAGAAAAGCAAGAGUUUGCCAUCGUGACUGAUGCGGCACGGAAGUUCGUUCUGGGCGUCGUGACGCAACAAGAUCUCGAAGAAUUUGUCAAGAGGAGACCUGCCUAG